CUUUGGUUGUUUUCGGUUGAUUCUUCGUUUUGCAGAUUCAUCAGAAUUCAUUAGCAGUAAAAGAAAAAAGCUUAUUCGGUUAUUGCUGUGUGGCAUCCCCGAUUUUAAUCAAGGACUUUCGACACUGUGCUGAUAAAAGACUUCUGAUCUGACUGCUCAUUGAUUCAGCUGUUAGCAACCAAAUGAUCUGAAACCUUUUGUUGACAGAAAAACUCCACAGCGAAGUCGUCGUCGGCUAGGCCACCACUGUCAGAACCACCAGCUCUGUUGCUGUGAAUGUGGAAUAGCCAGUUAGCAUCGGGUUCAGUGAUGUCACACACUUUUCAAGAUCAAUAACCGGGAAUGAUUUUAGCAACAGUCAACACACAGUGAAGUCCAACGGGGUUGCUGCUGCUGCUGCUGCUGCUGGGGCUGGGGCUGUGACAGCGUUGUGGUGUGUUGUUGUCACGCGUGUGUGUGUGCGUGUCUGUCGAACCCUCCCCUGGAGUCCCUCACUGUGGGGAGUAUGUCCGUGCUCUUCCUGUUUAAUCCUGUGUUCAUGGAUACCAGCUGACUGUCAUGUGUUGGGAACAGACAUUGUAAAGAGUUAAAAAUAUAUAUAUAUUUUAAAAAAAACACCUGGCAAAUGGAGCCUUCGUUUAAGGUAAACAAGUGGACCUACAACAUGAGGCCUGAUUCUCCUGGCAACAUGAGUGGGCCUCCAGGAAGUAUCAAUGAACAGGAUGAGUACCAACGUGCCAAGCUGCAUCAACAGCGAAACAUUAUUGAGAAGCAGAAUCGGAAGAAGAGGCAAACGCCAAACAUUAUGCAACCAAAUCAGGAUUCCCGUCCAUCAUCUGGGCGAAAGAAUCGCGAAGACUCGAGGCCGCUCGUCAAAGAUUCCAUUCCCAAAGUAUCCACGCCGACAGACUUUGGUAAAACCAAACUCUGUAGAGGUCGCCCAGGAGACCUACUAAAUGUGGGCAUAAUGAGCAGUCAGCCUGUGUAUAGAGCGUAUGAUGGCCCAGGAGCCUAUGAGAUGAGUGGUCAGGAUGCGUCGGUCACUUCACAGAGAUCCCUGACACCACAAACCAAAGUGCAAGUUUUAAAUGUCACCGACACCGUGUCAAAAGACUAUGAAAGUGAUACAGACAGUGACGACAUUCCUACAAUACAGUCUGAAGGAGACUCGUUGACGCCACUGACCGUGGGUCGAACCCAGCGCCAAAACACCCCGACGAGGACAGCCCCCCGGAUCAUUACCGACCCCGAGGACGAUGAUGUGGACACAGAGAGCAUGCCCAUCGCACCACAGCCGCCACGUUCACCCAACCUACGCACAGCCAACCAUGGACUCCUGCAGAACGACAAUCAGCCACUCGUGGUCCCACCCUCCUUCAACACACAGCCAGCCGCUGACAGAUACAAUGAUAAUGCACAAGCCCAGGAGGGUAACAAUGCGGAGGGGCCUGCUAUGGGUGCGGGUUGUCCUCACUCGUACACCCCAGAUCCCGGAGAGGAUCUCGAUGAGUUUGUGAUCAAGCCGGCACCUCAAGGCGUGACAGUCAAGUGUCGGAUUACUCGAGACAAAAAAGGAGUCGACAGGGGAAUUUUUCCAACCUAUUACUUACACAUGGAGAAAGACGACGGUAAAAAGACAUUUUUGCUUGCUGGUCGUAAGAGAAAAAAGAGUGCUACAUCAAAUUAUUUGAUAUCAACCGACCCCACGGACUUAUCGAGAGGUGGAGAAUCUUUUGUGGGAAAACUCAGGUCAAAUCUCCUUGGUACUCAGUUCACGUUAUUUGACAAUGGAGAGAAUCCCAAGAAAAGUGUUGAUGGUGCCAGAAGAGAAAUGGUGGCUGUUGCAUAUGAAACAAAUGUUUUAGGAUUUAGAGGACCAAGAAAAAUGACCGUAAUCAUUCCAGGCAUGAAUUUGGAUCAUGACCGAGUAGACAUCAAACCCAGAGGGGAUCACGAUGGCUUGAUAGAGCGUUGGAAAAGAAAGAAUAUGGAGAACUUGUUAGAACUUCACAAUAAAACACCUGUUUGGAAUGAUGAAACCCAGUCAUAUGUGCUAAAUUUUCAUGGCAGAGUAACACAAGCUUCAGUUAAAAACUUUCAGAUAGUUCAUGAUAAUGAUGUGGACUAUAUUGUGAUGCAAUUUGGGCGUGUUGCUGAGGAUGUGUUUACGAUGGACUUUAACUACCCUAUGUGUGCGCUUCAAGCAUUUGGAAUUGCUCUCAGCAGUUUUGAUGGCAAGUUAGCCUGUGAAUAAACAAACCAAGAAGUGGCCAAUUUCUGUAUCGUUUUAUUCGUGGGGAGGCUGCCGAUAUGCACAAUGCACAUGAUCUCAUGCGUUGUGGUCAGAGUUAGAGAAACACUGUGUGUUUUAAAUAUUUGCUGCUCAAAACAUUUGAGUUGAACUUGUAUUAGAGAGGAGUAGGUCUAUGGCUGUUUUCUUCAAACAAACCUUUCUUUUAAAGUUCUUCAUAUUUUGAAAAUGAAAAAUCUCUAUUAUUUUAUAUAGAUUUUCACCAAGGGAAUAUGUGUUUUCUGUCCAAAAUGUGUAUUCAUUCAUGAAGGUUUAAAAGGGUUUUUUUCUUCUUCAAAGUACCAUUGGAAGUCAAAUUGUCUGGUCAAAGAAAACAUUUAUAAGCAAUUGUAUUGUUCAGUUGUAUGUCACUAUUGCUGUCAAGUUUUAAAACUUUACAUCAAAGUUGAUUUGCGAAGACAUAAUAAUUUUAAAAUAUAUCCCUUCAAAAAAAGCCAUGGUAAAGUAAAUUUGUGACAGUGGGAAAAAGAAAGCAUGAAAGGUGUUUGUCAAUAAUUCAGUACCAGAUUUUAGUCAACUUGCAGGCAGAAUUCAACAUCUGGACAAAAUGGAAUACAGAGUGAACAUGUAUGUUAUUUUGCUUGAGAUCAGGACUUGCAGAGACUUGCAUUAUAAAUUAUUUCUUGUGACAUAAUAAAAGAUUUGUUUACUGGAUAUAAGUUCCAGUCUGAAAACGAAUGCAGUUCCAAAUAUUACAGUGUAUUGUUAUUGGUCUAUUCCGUCCUGUGGUAUAAAGAGGUUUGUUACUUAAAGCAUUUGCUUGUUCAUUUUAAAAUUAACAUAAUUUCUCUGGAAUGUUAAAAAUGAUUGUCCUAAACUUACAACUUGGCAGUUCUUGUUCUGUAGUUACAUGUGUUCAUUUAAUCCAAACUAGAUACAUGUAGUUAAAUUGCUAAUUUGAAGAAAAAAAGUAAUUUUGAGAUUAUUUAAAAUCAGUUUGAUGAUUUUUUAUAUGCCGUCCUAAUGUUUCAUACUUACAGAUAAUUUAGUGUUUUUGAUAAACACUGACCAUUUUACUUCACAACAAAUGGUUUUCAUAUUAAGACAGCAGUGUGCAGUAGUCUUGGUCUUACAUGUAAUAAAUUUUGUAUUACUCAAUCUCUACCAAUGCUCAGAUUUUAAUAUGCAUGUAUCUUUACAUGAACUGUGAAAGUUAAAAAAAAGCAUUUUUGGAGCAGUAUUUUAUACCAGUUAAACUCCACUAUUGUUUUGUUUUUACAGUCAAGUACGGCUUUCUAUAGGAAAAUAAGACAACAUAUCUGAGUUGUUUUAUGUCAUUUCUGACCGAUAUGCCAGCCAUUUUGUGAUAUGCAUUGUAGUUAAUGUGUUUCUUUUAUUCUAGACUUGUGUUGUAGAAUAGAUUUUUUUUCUUUUUAAUUAAAAUAAUGCAUAUUAUGUAGUAGUUAGACCAAUAGGAAUUAUUGUGUAGUACAUCUUGAAUAUGCAGAAAGACAAUUAUGCUCAAAAUAUUUGUUUUAAUUCAGUCUUUCAUUUUAUGUUUAGAUUUAGUGACAUAUUAUAGUUUGGGGGAGGGGGGUAUGCAAGAUGUUUUUGAUGAAAAUAAUAGGAAAAGCGUUUUUGAAAACAGAUUAAAAUUUAGAAUCUCUGGUGUAAUUAAAUUUACAUCAAUCUGAACUUACAAUCAAUAUAAGUUAAUAAAAAUAUUACAUUUGUUAAUUAAUCAAAGAUUGGGGGGUUACAGUAGUAAAAUAAAAUGUUAGUGUGCAAAUAGAGUGCUGCAAAGUGUUCAAAUAAAUAUUUGAGUUUUGACAUUUAUUGAAAAAUGAGUGGUAGAAAAAAAAUAUUUCAAUAUUUUAAGACCUUUAAACAUGAUGCAGUGCUUUAAACAAACAAAAAAUGAAUUGAAUAUAGUACUUUAAAACUAUAAAUAAAAAAUUAGUUAUGAAAGUACAAUUUUUAAUUAUUUAUCUUCAGUUAUUUAUCUCUCUUAAACUAUACAUUCAACUUUUGACUCGUUCUCUGAUUUAUCAUAUCAUAUGAUAGAUAUGUCGUGAAUAAGUGAUUUUCAUUCUCUAUGAUUAUGUCUUGCAUAAAUAUUUUAAUUUGUUGUUAAUUAUUAACUUUGUCAUAAUGCACAUGAAAAGGCUUUUUAAUUUUCUUGAUUUUUUUUUUUUUUUUUUUUAUAUAUAUAUCAACCUUUCAAGUCUUGAUAUCCAGGUUCAAAAGACUUGAACAAAAAUAAUUUAUAUCAUUAUGGCAGCAGUCAGAAAUCCUGGCUAUACAAUAGAUACUGGCCUGAUCUAAUACACAGACAUAAUUGCCUAAUUGAACGUUCGGAGAUAAGAUACUGUCUGAACUGAAACUAUUGUACCCUCUUUAUUUGUUGUUCCUGGGUUAUAUACUUCACUAAAUUAAUUUUAUGAACAUUGUGGAAAGUUAGCAAAGAUUAAGAUGAGUUGGGUUCUUUGUAAUUUUUUAUCUACUUAACCACUCUUAUAUAUAUAUACAGUGAAACCCCUCUAAACCGGACACCCUUGGCACCAAGACAAAUGUCCAGUGUUAGAGGGAUCUGGUUUAGAGAGGUUAAGUUC